GAUUAAUUGAAAUUUGAGGUGUUCUGGGUGCACGAGACCCUGCUUCUGGAAGCUGAAAAUGUUCAUGUGGCCUUCCUGUUAUCUCCAGUGCAGUAUUUAUCUCUGUCGUCUCUCGUGUGACAUGUUUGGAGCUUUUGUUGAUACCCUACCAUGGAUUUCGACCUUGUCGUUCGCAAUGGUACCGUCGUGACUGCUUCAGACAUAUGGGAGUCUUGUGAUAUUGGAAUCAAAGAUGGAAUCAUUGUCGCUGUCGGUCCUCGUCUUCCAGCCACAGCUGGCGCACAAGAGAUCGACGCCGAAGGGGCUUUUAUAACUCCAGGCGGAGUUGACUCUCAUGUUCAUCUGAGCCAGGUACACAACGCAAACAUCGAUGACGUAGAUCGCUCUGCCAUUACGGACGGGGUCAUCCCAGAUCGCGAAAACUAUGUCGGUGACACGUACGACACCGGCACGCGCAGUGCGGUAGCUGGAGGAACAACGACAGUAGUUACGUUCGCUUCUCAAAUGAAGACGGACGAGAGCAUUAUCCCUGUCAUCGAGAACUACCACAAGCUCGCGAAGGAUCAGUCCUACUGCGACUACGCUUUCCACGCCAUCAUCACGAAUCCGACGUCCCAAAUUGUCGAAGAUGAAUUUCCGCGGAUGGUGGAGGAGUACGGAAUUACGAGCGUGAAGCUGUAUAUGACAUACAAGCCCAUGAGGCUUCUGGAUUACCAGAUUCUUGACGUCAUGUAUUCCGCUCGGAAACUUGGUAUCACUACGAUGGUACAUGCCGAGAAUGCCGAUAUUAUCGACUGGAUGACACAGCAUCUCGAGCAGAAGCUCAUGACGCAUCCUCAUCACCAUGGCACAUCUCGACCUCCGAUCGUAGAGGCUGAGGCGACGAACCGCGUGAUCUGUCUGGCUGAGCUCAUGGAUACGCCGAUCCUGUUGGUACACAUAUCCGGCGGGCCUGCCACGAAACACAUCCGUGAUGCACAAACGAGGCUCCUUCCUAUCUACGGCGAAACGUGUCCCCAGUACAUGUUCCUUCUCGCCGAUUCCAUGCGGAAAGGUGACUUCGAAGGUGCGAAGUGCGUGUGCUCACCUCCGAUACGGGAGGACAAGUCCGAUCAAGACGCUAUAUGGGCUGGGAUCAAGAACGGAACCUUCAAUGUCGUUUCUUCAGAUCAUGCUCCUUGCAAGUACAAUCAUCCUAACGGAAAGCAGCGCGGUCUCCAACACGGGAACCUUCCAUACGGCAAAUUCCGUUUCAUCCCGAACGGCCUACCCGGUGUGGAGACCCGUGUUCCGCUUCUGUUCUCCGGCGGCGUCCUCUCUGGGCGCAUCUCCCCACAGAAAUUCGUCGAGGUAACCUCGACAAACCCGGCGAAGCUAUACGGAUUGAAGAAGAAGGGCAGCAUCGCCCCUGGCUUCGAUGCUGAUCUAGUAAUCUGGUACCCGCAAGCAAAGUUCCAGCCAUUUAACCUCACGAACGAUAUGCUGCACCAUGCCAUCGACUAUACGCCAUUUGAGGGUAUUGAGUUCAAAAAUUGGCCAAGGUACACGAUUAUCAGGGGAAAGGUGGUGUUCAGCCAUGGGGAGGUAGUUGGAGAGAUGGGGUAUGGUCAGUUUAUCCGGAGGGAGAAGAGUCUACUUCCGGGGCCAAGAGAUGUUUGGUUGACCGAAUGGCGUCCCUAGUUCCCCUGACUUCGCAAAACAAUCGUUCCUGCCAUCCACGUCUAGCACCAUCUUUUUUCAGUAUUUGAUGUAACACCUCUAAAUUAAUCUCGAUGCACGAUCGAGGUCGACCAUCUGUCUCAUAGUGCUGAUCCAGUGGAGGGUUUACCGUCCACUGUAGUGGCGAGCGCAAAGUUCAG